CGGAACCACAUGUCCACAUUACUGUAAUUUCCAGAGCAGUCUCCUUUGUUGGCGAAACGCCGGGGUAACUAUCAGCUAUGACGAACUCAGAGGAGCUUGAUCCCAACUUCCCUCCAGGCCUUCACUUGGUCUCCGCCUUCCUCGCCAGGGAGCCUUCCGACUCGUUAAUCUCCAUUGCAAGGGCGUGCGGCGGAGGGAUAGUUUCAGAGAAUGUCCAGAAGUUUAUAUGGGAGCACUGCAUAAACCAAGCUGCUGCCAUAGGUUAUGCCCCUUACUUGAAGAAUUUUGUGAAGAAGCUUAUUUCUGAAGUAGAGUCAACUCAUGGGUGUGUGUUGGAUGAAUUAUACGAACAUUAUGGUUAUUACAUGACCUCAUUGAAGGAAGAUAGUUUCGGCAGAGGAAAAGCCUGCAAACACAUUUCCUUCCUUUUCACAGAUGGUUCUUUUGAACUUUCAAGUUGUCCCAAAUCGAGAAAGUUGGUGGUUCCUCUCAAUUGCUCACUUAACAUGCUUGAAGGAGACACAGGAUGUUCGGUUUGGCCUUCCAGUCUGUAUUUGUCUGAGUUUACUUUCUUUCCCAGAUAGAUUCACCAAUAAAACUUGCUUUGAGGUAAUGAACAUGUUAAGGAAUAUAUAUAUACUCUUAUUUGCAUCGAGGUUGUUGUUUAAUAAUGUGAGGAUGUAUGCAGUAGCUAGCUGUAAUUCUACUCUUUUUGCUCUUAGACUUCCUUUUUUGAGUUGUUUCCUUGAACUGGUUUCGUUAUUGACUCCUCUGAAUGUCAAAUCAGGUUGGUUCUGGCGUUGGCUUGGUUGGAGUUAGUCUUUCUCAUGUCAAAGCUUCGAAGGUAACUGAUAUGAGAACCAAGUAGCUGAAUAUCUGUCAUUGAAUGUUCCUUUUGGUUUAUUAGCUUUAUCGUGUUGUCUUUGUUUCCCAUGCAUGAGUGUAGUUCUAUACGUCUGUUCACUUUUUAUGCUAUGAUCAUAGGCUCUUGAGUUACUGAUAUUCAAGUGUAAAGUUUUCUGAUGUGAUCUGCGAUAACUGCUCUAGUUUCCACCUGCUACAGGUUGUAUUAUCUGAUGGCGAUCUGUCAACUUUGGCUAAUAUGAAGCUUAAUUUGGGGUUAAACAAUAUAAGCACCAGAAUGGAUGCGCUAGAGAAAUGUGACAAGGAGCUAAACUUGGUAGGGUUUUUUUCUUCUUCUUUUUCUAAUGAUAAGUUAUUAAGUUAUAUUCAUAUACUAGAUUCUGUAAGCCGUGCCUUAGUCCUAGUAUUUUGUGGGCAAAAAAAAAAAAAGGAAUGAUAUUUAGUGAUCCCAAAGCAGGUGAAAUCUGACAUCGGGAGUAAUUCUGAGGUGCAAUGCAUUCACCUGUCAUGGGAAUCUGCUGCUGAAGCCGAAAUUUAGGAGUUCACUCCUGAGAUAGUGUGAGCAAUCUUAUCUUUCCUUGAAAUUGAAAUGCACUUUCUUCAACAACAUGUUCUGCUUCAGAAAUGACAGCCAUUCUCUUAAUGCAUCAUUCUACAGUUUAGGCGCUGAUGUAAUCUACGACCCAGCAUGCCUCCCUCAUCUUGUUAGAGUACUUGCAACCCUAUUGAAGCAAAGGCAAGUAACUUCUCAGACAAGGAACAGCAACUGCCAGGAGGACAUUGUCAAUGAAGGCAGAGCUGAAGAAGCUGAGAAUGAUGAACAAGCAUCUGCUGAGUCAAUGAAAACCCCUGUGGGUUACAUUGCUUGUGUGAUACGGAACAUUGAUACCUUCAAUUGUUUCCUAGACCUAGCAGAGCAGGGUGGCCUUACAAUCACAGACAUAACCGAUACAGCAAGGCCAUUGAAGUUACUUCCUUAUAUGAGCUCUUACGAUCCUUCUAGUGUCCGUUUAUCUACUGUCACUUCCAAAUGCUGAAAAGAUCCAAACGUUUAGUUACUUUCCACCCUAAAAAGAUUCCUGCUUUCUCCAAAUAGCAGUCGGGACCGCAUGUUCAUGUGAAAGUUCUUAGGUGAUUUUGUUCUGUUACCUCCUUUUCCCGUGAAUCGAAAGCCUUUCUUUCCAUGUGGGCCUAGAUAUUCACUUUCACUACCCAGUACCCACACAAUCAAGUGACAAAGUCGCCGUUCUUUCCCCCCUACAACAAAUACAUUACUAGAAAAGAGAUUCACGGGUGUCAAUGAGAUUCUGGCAGAUUCCCGGACGUUUUGUUUUUUAGCAAAAUAUUUCUGAAAGAUUCCGUCCCAUCCCUCUCCCCUGCCUCUGCAAACCAAAAAGAUUAAAAGACCAUGCAAGGUUUUGAUGUUUAGUCGAUCGAAGUUUUAUUUGACUCCGUUUACCAAAACUCCAUUCUCACCUUCGCCACCUUACUGUUAGCUAGUGACUGUGUUCAUCAAGACCGGUCGUCGACGAAAUGGGUAGUGUAGAAGAGGCGGUGGAGGCGAUCCAUGCAUGGUCAGCUCCGAGGUCUCUCAGCACCAGCCUCAUGUACUCUUUUGCUCAGGUCUUCAUCUCUUUGAGCUAUUGACUCAUUUCUGGUUAUAUUUCCUUGUACUUGUUUUCUGAUGGUGGGUGGUGAAGCAGAUCUCAAGUUGAGUGAGUUUGAACCGGAAAGUUGAGUGCUUGUUGAGAUCAGCUGACACAAAUUUGUGAGAAAUUGGGGGGUACAUUUGUGAUUCCUACUGAUGAUUGUUCGCUUUUGACUUCUGGGUCUUGCUUAAGUUGACGAUCGAAACGAACUAGUUCAAUUUCACUGAUUUCUGUGCUUUUUCAAAUGGCAAAAAGAAAAAAAACAGAGAGAGAGAGAGAGAGCCUGCAAGCGAAUGCAUGGACCUUAAAGAUAAGAAAUUUAGUGUUUGAUUCCCUCUCAAGGACAUCUGUAUUUUGCACCUAAGCAUUUCGGUUCUAUUCUUUACUUCUCCUCAGAGUGAUGACACUGAAGUUCUUGACGAACCUCUGUAUGCAACUUUCCUAAAAUCGACUGGUGCGGCAAGACCAUGCAGAGAGCAGGUUCUAAGCUCCAUGGUAUGCUGCUGCAUUGCAUUAUCGUCCCAUGCCAAUUUCAUGCUAUUUGAUUAUAUGUGCUUUUUGAUCUGGUAUUCCACUUUCAUUUGGUUUGAAAUAGGAAGCCGAUGAAGAAAAGGUUGUAAAAGAUGUAAUCUUCGGCCCGGGAAGAAAGAAGUACAGAUUCUGCAAGGUAAUGUUUGGGCAACACUUUUGAUGGUAGAGUUCCCAAUCACUAAGAAGAUGUAAUCUUGAUGCCUGCAAAAGAUACAGAGUGAAGAGAAUAAAUAGCUAACUUGUUUUGUCUGAAAUAUAAUACAUUAUCCUCAAAUCAGCUUUGAGUUAAUGAUUUGCAGCGUCUUUCCUUUCCUUUUUACUAUCCGCAGCAUAUCUGGAAACAAAGGUUGCCUGGUUUGCCCAGUGAUUUGUUGAAGAAAGGGAAGCACUUUAU